UUUCAAAGAACUUGGCAGUUCUUCAACAAACCACACAUAUUUUGCAGUUUUAAACAACCUCCAGCUAGCUUCAGAUACCAAGAAUGGACAUCCCUCCUGUCCACCACUGUUUCAUGCUCUCAGCUCAGAAUGAGAAAAUGAUGAAGAAACUCAAGAAACUGAAAAGACGCAACACAUCCUUAGAGCUGGAGUUAAGAGAUAUCAACGAAAGGCUGCAGAGAGAGAAACUUCUGAGAGAUCAUAUCCACAACAGAAGUGUUGGAGUCCAGACAGAUCCACCGGGCUACAGAUCGUCUUAUUUGAAGCCUUUACAACGCAUCCCACCAGCUAAUAAUAAACAAGACAAGACAGAUGAACAGAAGAGAGCUGACAGGUUACUGACAAUGCACAACAAAUUAAUGAAGCGUUAUGAGAAAGAAUUGAGGACGAAUACAGCAAACACAGAGACCAUUGCAGCCUUAAAUCUCAGAAUUCAAGACUUGGAGAGACAGUUGACACGAUCAAGAGAGCAGGUCCAGCGACUGGAAAGGUCCAUGACCCCUAGAGGUCACAGGAGGCGUAGCGGAAGGAGCAGGUCGCGCAGCGUCUCUCCGUACAUUGACAAACAAGUGCAGCAGUUGAAGAAAGAAAGAGACCAACUCGCAAAAGAAAAGAAGAAACUGAAAAAGGAACUGCGUGGACUUGAUGAGGGCUUUUUUGAGGAAAUCGAGGACCUGAAAUAUGCACUUCAGCAGUCUGCCAAACUGAACAAGGAGUACGAGAAAGCACUUAGGAGAACAUGUGAUCAGUUUGGUGUUCCUUACCCAAUGAUGGGUACCAAUGAGGUGCAGCAGCGUCACAAUGCUCGCUCUACCUCAAGAUGACGACAUAACACCGGGAACUCAAUCAUGAGGAAUAACGACUGAAUGAUCAUUAAUAUUGUAGGCCUGAUUUCUCAUGGAGGGAACGGAAGCGAUUUCCUCCAUGCACUCUGCCCUAAAAACGCUCCAGUAGAAAUUAGCAAUUUCCUCAUACAUGUAGGGUGCCCUUUACCGAGGAGAAAAUGCCUUGGUGCCCUUGCCCCUUUACAAAAACGAACCAUGCAGGCCUGUUAUUGCCAACUUGACCUUAAUAUUCAUGGGGUAAUGAUUGAGCAAAGCACGCAGCCUGUCGAUCUAACCGUGGGGAUGGGGUUGUGGAGAAUAAUGUGGCACCCUCUUUCCCAGGAUUUGUAAUAAAUCAGAUGGCUGGUUCUAAUAGGCAAGCUACAGUAUCUUAUGAGGUAAAAAUGUGGCAAGCUAGUUUGGCCGUUCAUGCUUUAUAAUCAAAGUUGCAUCAUCAGCUUUAGAAUUAGAGGUUCUCCGAAACUAGACAAGUCAACAACAACAUUGUUUCACAAAACAGACAUCUUUUUAUUGAA